AUGAACCACACACCCAGCAGGAGUGUCUUUGUGUUUAGUUGUGUUGUCUGUGUUGAGAGGACGAUGCCUUUGAGGACGGGACUUUUUCUCCUGAUGGUGCUGAACGCAUCUGCCUAUGAACUGGAUCAGAACGAGUCUUACUCGCCCCGGAGAACACGCUUUUCUGCAAACAGCCCUUCAGAUGUGGCACGCUGUCUCAACAGUGCCCUCCAAGUUGGCUGCGGGGCCUUCGCCUGCCUGGAAAACUCAACUUGUGACACAGAUGGCAUGCAUGACAUCUGCAAGUCCUUCCUUUACAGUGCUGCUAAAUUUGACACUCAGGGUAAAGCAUUUGUGAAGGAGAGCCUUAAGUGCAUUGCCAAUGGCAUCACCUCGAAGGCAUUCCCCACCAUCCGCCGCUGCUCCACCUUCCAAAGAAUGAUAUCUGAAGUCCAAGAGGAUUGUUACAGCAAGCUGAAUAUCUGCACUGUAGCCCGAUCAAAUCCAGAUGCUAUUGGCGAAGUGGCACAGCUACCAAGUCACUUCCCCAAUAGGUUUUAUGGUAAGCUGCUACAGAGCCUGAUGGACUGUGAUGAGGACACAGUGGACCGCGUUAGGACCAGCAUGGUGUCGCGGCUGGGCCCAGAGAUGACCAUGCUUAUUCAGCUGCUGCAGAACAAGCCCUGCCCUUCCACUGCUGUGGCUGCAGCUGCUGCCAUCCCAACUGGAGUGGAGGGCCGUGGGAGCUGGCGCUGGUCCAUGGGUCCCCAUAUGUACAAGAUCCAGCCUAAUCUGCGAAACAGAGACUCCGCCAGUCAUUUUGGCAAAAAGCGCUCUGACAGCGACAGCUCCUAA